CAGAGCGCGGGGCUGCAGUCGAGGCGCGGGCGCGGAGCCGGUGGCGGAGCCGCGGGACGGUGCGGGGGGCCUGCCGCCCUCGGGGCGAACCGGGCAUGAAGCGACGGCUGCCAGCUGAGGACGCCGGGCUGGGCACUGAGCUGCGCCGCCUGCCGCACUAAGGCGGCGACGAGCCCCGAGGCGAACCGAGGCGGCGCGGCGGGCCGAGUCCGAGGCGAGCCCCGCGGCGAGCCCCGCGGCUGUUCGCGAGCGCGACUGAGGCGGCAGCGGCGGCUUCUGCCCGCAGCAUCCCCUGGCCUGGCGAGGGGCUGCGCGGGGAGGGGGCCGCGGCACCGCCCCCGCCUCCUCCCCUCGCCUCGCCCGGCCGGAGCUCCCCCGCGGCGGCGGGCGGGCGGUAUGAGCGCGGCGCUCUGAGGGACCGGCGGGGCUCGGCUUUCCCCGAGCAGCCUCCCCUGGGAGCCGCGGCGGCGGAUCGGACUCGGCUGGGACCUGCCAUGACUCCCCUGGCUCCUCCCAUGGCAUGAGCCCGAGCUCUCCUCCCCGCUCCGCCUGCUUUUGGUCUCUCUCCGCUCCCGGGCUGUCAGAUGGGAUAGCGUCGGCUCGCCCGGAGUCGAAGAUGAACUGGCGGUGGGCUCGCCAGCACUGGAACGGCGGCUCCUCCGUGCUGCUGCUGCUGCCGCUGCUGCUGUGGCACGGCCGGGUCCGGCCGGCCGGCGCCGACAACGCCAGCCAGGCGUACUACACCGCGCUCAUCAACGUGACGGUGCUGAGCCCCGAGCGCGGCGGCCCCACGCUGCUGCGGAUCGACCGUGGCCGCUACGGGCAGGACUCCCCGAAGGUGGAGGUCAAGGGGCUGCUGGUCGCUCCCGUCCCUAUCAACGGAGUUGCAGAUCGUCUGGGCUGUGACCCUCGAACACGUUUCCAGGUCCCACCAAACACCAAGCAGUGGAUUGCUUUACUGCAGAGAGGAAAUUGUACAUUUAAAGAGAAAAUACUGCGGGCAGCUUCACAUAAUGCCACAGCUGUGGUCAUUUACAACAAUGUAUCCAGUGAAGAACCUGUCACCAUGACUCACCAAGGAACUGGAGACAUUGUUGCUGUCAUGAUUACAGAAUCGAAGGUUAAGGAGAUCUUGAAUUACUUGGAAAAGAAUAUCUCUGUCCUGAUGGCCAUAGCAGUGGGGUCCCGUGUUCCUCCGAAGAACUUCAGUCGGGGCUCUCUAGUCUUUGUGUCAAUAUCAUUCAUUGUUUUGAUGAUCAUUUCUUCAGCAUGGUUAAUAUUUUACUUCAUCCAGAAGAUCAGGUACACAAGUGCACGUGACAGGAAUCAGCGUCGUCUUGGAGAUGCUGCCAAGAAAGCCAUUGGUAAAUUGACAACCAGGACAGUAAAGAAGGGUGAUAAGGAAACAGACCCAGACUUUGAUCAUUGUGCUGUCUGCAUUGAGAGUUACAAGCAGAAUGAUGUUGUUCGCAUUUUGCCAUGCAAGCACGUGUUCCACAAAGUCUGUGUGGAUCCAUGGCUCAGUGAGCACUGUACGUGUCCAAUGUGUAAACUGAACAUUCUGAAGGCACUGGGAAUUGUGCCCAACGUGCCGUGCACAGAUAACGUCGCCUUUGACAUGGAGAGGCUGACGCGGGGGCAGCCGGCCAGCAGGCGCUCGGCGCUCGGCGACUUCGGCACCGACAGCUCCCUCAGCCUGGAGCCCCUGCGCACCUCGGGCAUGUCACAGCUGCCACAGGACGGGGAGCUGACACCAAGGUCAGGAGAGAUCAACAUCGCAGUGACAAGCAGUCACUUCUUCCAUCGUAACUCUCUGUCCCCUCGAAGCCUGGUCUACGAGAGCGAGUUCUCAACCAUCGAGCCUGCCUUGGACAUGUACGACGAGAACAAAACCUGAAAGGAAUCCAUGCUCCUUCCUGGCCCUUUUUCCGUUUUUUUCAUUUCUCAUUCCUAUUGUUGUGUACUCUUUCCAUGGAUCUCCUUUGUCUGAAGAAGAGCUGCUUUUUCCAGAACACGAACCCGCCUUCUCGUUUGCACAGACGAAGACCAGCUGUGGUGGAUUCUGAGGGUGGCAUCUUUGAGGUGACAAAGAGCUGUGACAAGCAAGGUUGUCUGAUGGAAAUUGCUGAGUAACAGCAUGGGGAGCUGUGUCGGCCCAGCCGCGGCGAUGCAGGAGAGGUUUACGGUGGCCCUAAGAGUUUGUGCUGAACUGCAAAUGCGUCUCUUACGCAGGCAUCUGCUGUUUCCAAUUUUUUAGUUGUCCAGAUGGUUGGGCAAUGUCAGAAAGGGAACUGGUUGUAGAGGAGAUGGCCAGUGACUGGUAAAAGCACUCGUAUAUCUUGGUCAAUCCAUAACCUUACUGUGAAAUAGCCCCUUCUGGGAGGGACCUUUAUAAGUGCAUUGAGUUUCCUACAACCCACUUAACCCCGGACAGUGGCGAGCCAGUCUGAUGUUCAAGCUGCAGAGAGGACCUGCAUUUGCAGAAAGAUUUCAAGGAGUUGAUGCUUGGAUUUUUUUUUUUUCUCCAAUUUGAUUGAAGCAGGAGAAAAAUGGUAUACACAGAAUAUACUUUUGGUCCUUCUGUGUGCUGAAGUCAAGUGAGUCUCUUUCUGUAGAGAGGACAUUCACAGAACCAGCACUUGAUCUACGUAAAAACCAUUAGACUUUUUGAAAUAUGCAGGAAUCAAAUUAGCUUUCUUUCUCAUGUAACUUUUUGGGGGGGGGAUGGGGGGUAAAAAAUCCACCAAAUUUUUCACUGAGGUUUUUUAAAAGCCAGCAUGUUGGCAUUACACAGAGAAGAAAAGAGGUAAGCUUCUUAUCCCACUCUCCUGUUGAGAUCUGCAACAGUUAUUUAACAAAUACGUUCUCUGAGCUGUGCCCUUUCCCACUGACAUCAAUAACAGGAAUGCAGAAAGCAGGAGAAGAAAGGAAAGCAGCUACUGCUUUGACACGCUGCAGGAAAAAUCAAUUUUUACCAGCAUGUGACAAAAGUGGUGGGGAAAUGGAUAUUGUUUGCAAGUUUCUGAGAGAACAAUGCAGAAAUAGAGAGCAAGAGAGGAACCUCUGGAGCUAAGUCAUCCUCAGCGUUCCUCAAAUGAGCCGACACGGAGGAGCAAGUGCUUCUGCUCCACCAUUUCCUACCGGACAAUGCAUAGCUGUUAAUGAAUGUUUGGAUUUUUCUCCAUUGCAGUCUAAGUUACUGUAGGUGUAGAAACUCAUUUGUGUCCUUGUAAUGUGAAACACAGUUUCACCCUCUGUAUAGGAAUCUUGAGAAAUCAGUUAAGCCAAAAAGAAAGGUAAGACUUAUCCUGCCGUGCUUUAAUUUCACCCGCUUUUGCUACAAGCAGGGGAAUUUUCCCUCCUUUAUAAUGUUUUUAAUUUUAUAGUAGUCUGCUUAACAUAUAUCCUUUUCUGAAGUGUGGUUCAGCUGUGUAUUUAACAUGGAUGUUGAAGAGAAAAAGAAAAACCCAGCUCUGUAAAAUGAGGAAAUGAGCCUCUUUGCCGAGCAUGCUUUGACUUUUGUUGCUGUGUGUCAGCUUUAUUUAAUCUGAUAAUUCAAGAGUGGGUGGCGUGAAGUGUAGGGAGGUUUUUUCUCAUAAUACCCACAUUGAUAUUUACCGAAUGCACUUUUAUUGCCAUUCAGCUUGCUCUGGAAAUGUGCUGAAGCCCCAAACUUUUUUAAGAGCACAAUUUUGACACCCACUUUCUCCUACAAAGCAGAAGUGAAGGUCACAGGAAGUGCCACAGGGGCUGGGGCAGCAGCGGGUGGUGGUCAGCAUCUCUCCUCUGGUGCGGGGCAGGCAGCGACAGCUCCGGGCGCCACCGGCGAGCCCAGGCACAGCUCCCCAUCCCAGCCUAGCUGAGCUGCUCCCGGGCCUGGGCACAGCUCCCCAGCCCAGCCUAGCUGAGCUGCUCCCGGGCCUGGGCACAGCUCCCCAUCCCAGCCUGGCUGAGCUGCUCCCGGGCCUGGGCACAGCUCCCCAUCCCAGCCUGGCUGAGCUGAACCUGUACGGGACUCGGGGGCGGCAGAAGGGCUGGUUGAGCAGCCCCUGUUUUCGUAAUCUGUGAGAUCAGCAGGGACACGUGGGAGCGGCGCCUUGGGAACGCAAAUGCCCAAGAGGAAAAUCACCAUCUCUCAAGGAUGCUAUGGGGCUUGUUUUUAUCCAUGAGGGCAGUCAGGUUAUGAUAAACCCAGAUACUUGGGUGUUCCUGGUUAAAUGCCAACAUGUCUUGUUGUCUUCCAGCCAGCACAGAGCUGCUCCGGUGGCGUUUUGGGUAGGACAGGCUCUUGUAGCACUGUGUGGGGUGCUGACGCCCCAAGCAAAUCUUUCUCAUAGGGGCUGCCCCAUCCCAACACCGGGAUUUCCCCUAAAGCCCCUGGGAAUGUCACUGGGGCACAGUUUCAGUAUGAAACCAAACCUGAUGAUUUCUCAGCUCCAACUGAGCCUGUGUGCUAGAAUAUACAGAAAGGCUAGAAGAGGCAUGGAAAUUAAAAAUUAGAAAGCACAAAUCCCCCAAAGACAAAAUAAUAACUAACAUAAUUUGUAUUUUGCUAAAUCUUAUUUCUAACCGAACAUCUUGGUUUUAAGCAGGGGGAUGGCAGGUUUGCCUCAGUGGAGAUGAGGGUCUGGCACAGCAAUGUAAAAAUGGAUUUGUGCUGUAGCAUCUUGGAUAGGGGAGCUGGUAUUUGUAAUUGACAUCCUGGAUUUGGGACAUCUUGCAACACUGGAAAAAUUAAAAGCUUGUUCAAGCAAUCGGUCCCUACGUGUGUGCCAGGACAUGCUGGAGCAGGCCUUCCCCAGUUAGUCAUAUUUAGGAUGGGGAGGAGGCACCACAGCAACAUGGGUGAUUUUUUCUGGGCUGUGUUGGUAAGUUUGAGGUUUUCCUUUUAAUAUUAAUCAGUAUAUAAAAAAAGCUUGAUGAGCAUUGUUGUUCUUGUUCUGCUGCAGUGGUGCUGUGUGUGGUUGAGUCAUUUCACAGAAGUAAAAUAUACAGCAACCUACUGGCACUGUAAGUGCCAGUAACUUGGAAAAUCAUUUUCAAGGUUAAAAAAAGUGCUUUUUUUUUAACAGGAAAACAUUCAGUUUAUGACUUCUACAUAUAAAAAAAAAACUUUUAUCUCCAAGUGUUUUCCUAAAGUAUUUGAACCCCAACACUUUGCCUUCUCUUUCUCAGCUUCUUGAAACUUCUAUGAAAGUUUUGCAUGUUCCCAUAAGACAUUUGUAAAAUCAAGGUUUGCUUGUGUUCUUAGAGGAUAAUUGCCAGUGAGAAACCAGAUUGUAAGUGUGCUUUUUACCUAUAAUACACAACAUUAAUUAUUACAUUUGAAGCAUGUUAAAAUUUACCUAACGACCCUCACCAUUGCUCCCUCCAGUGAGCUCAUGUGUUGGAAUCUGCAUUGUCCCUUUGCUCUAGGAUGCUUGCCCUGGCACCUGAGGAUGCUACAGGAAUAGCCAGGUAUCCUGCAUUAGCCAAAGAAAAACCAAAACCAGUUUAAUAAACAUGUCUAGGACUAUGUUAUGAGACUUUCACACAUGUUUUCUUUAAACGCAUUCAUGUAAAAUAGUGCAAAGGCUUGGGAGGGCCAAGAGCUUUUUACCAGCUCCUGGAAAGCAGAGGGAAUUGUGCAGGAAACAUGGGUCACGCUGAGGCUCCAGGACUUGUUCAGUCCAAUUUAGGUUUGAGGUAGUGCCACAGUCAGUUCAUGAGCUGAAGGAUGAAGGCACCAGGGUUGAGCUGAAGUUCAGGCAGCUCUGCAGCCUGAUUACUGGCAAGUGAGUUGACUUAAUUAUUAAAAAUAUUUGUUAUUUUGCUUAGCUAAUAGUCAUUUGUUUUUUACAGCACAGGAAAUAGCACAGCAGCUCAGAAGCCAAGGCACAGUGGGGCAAAGGCAAGAGCCAUAGGGCUGCUGCCAGCCCUGCAGGGUGGGGAGAGGAGAACAGGAGAGCUAAGGUCAGGGACCUCAGGAAACACCUUCAAAUUCCCAAGUAAAGCUUUUACUCCUUUUUCACCCUGUGUUACCCAGCCAUACUUGACCUAAUUUUCCAGCCUGAGCGGUGCAGAAGAGUGUGUGAUGUGCCAUGACAGCUUGCAUAUGUGUUGUUAUAUUUAAAGAUAUCUUCACUUUUUCCUUUCCCUGCUAGACUUGCUGCACUGCAGGGCAGCCUCAGCUCUGGCACACUUGGUGGAAACUGGUGAGCAAGGGAAGGAAUGAGAGAGGGAAAGAUGUUCCAACUAAACAGACUGGGGGGAGAUCAGGGGAGAGAUAGACAGUACUUCAGUAUGCUGGUGCUCAUUUCUGCUUUUUUUCCCUUGUCUUUGAAAUAAUUAAGAGAAAAAGCUGUGCUCCCUACCCCUUCCUUGUGGGAUGCAGUGACAAGAGCAGGACUCCAGGUGGGAUUUUGCUCCUGAUGCAGAGCCAUGAUGCUCUGUAACCCCCAGCCAGUGAUGUCCUGAGAUGUUGACCAAAAACCCCAAAUUCACAAGAGCGUGUCAGGUUUACCUGGUGCUUGCAAAGUGCUUUAGUGGGGGAUGAAAUCUGCUCACAGAGCCUUUGCAAAGCACUACUAAUUGACACCUUGUUAUCUGUCAGUUGAUUGAUCCUUCCAUUAACCUAGUCUUUUUAAAAGCCUGCGACAUUCCCAGACACCCUUGAUUCUAAUCUCUACCUUUCCACUCCAUCAGUUACUACUGGCUUCCUCCUCCUCUGGAGAGCUGGGUGAAGGUCCCUGUUGUGCAGGCACUGCUGUCCACCUGUUCUCCAGCAUCUUCAUCACUGUGCCAUCACCUCACUGUGCCAUCAGCAUGCCAGCCAGCCCCUCCAAGGGGAUGCAUCACUCCAAACCAUGGUCUGUGGGAGCACAGAGGUUCCUGGUGGGCUGUGCUCAGCCAAAGCAGAGUGUGUGGGAUCUGGGCUGUUGUUGUGGGAUGCUCGUUCUCUGGAUCCCUGAAUAGAGCAUCCUUCUGCUCUUCUGCCCAUUAGCCUCAUGGAGAUGCUCACGUGGACAGAAAUGGAUGUGUAGGUUGUGCAAUAACAUCUGAAUAUUUUGUAUUUCUUACUGCAAUAAUGUCCAGGGUCUCUGGGCCUGGGGACCCUGUGGUAUAAACUGUUGCCCAAAAAUAGUCCCUUUCCUAAGGAGUUAAGUAUUAAUAUUCCUACAAAUAAAAACAACAUAGUGUUUUAUUGAAGUUGAAGCUGCUUAGACUGAUUUCAAUGCAAGGCUGAGGUGUAACAUUAACUAGUGCCAUACAGCUGGGACUGGGGGCUUGCAGCCCAGAAAUCAGAUGGACGUGUAUGUGAAGGCUCCCUCACUCCUGCUGGGCUAUUCCUUUCUCCACUUGUAUCUAGAAGCCCCUCAGGAGCCAGGAAUUUUUAUUCUUUUCCCUGAGCUCAGCUGUGUGCAUUUAUGUGCCAUUUGCCUUUUUUUUUUUUUUUUUUUUUUUUUUUUUUUUUUUUUUGCUUCUCACAUACUCCAGGGCUCGCCUUUGCCUGGCUCUGACUUGUUCUUCAGCUGCCCAAACCCCUCAGGGGGACAAGAGCCAUUAAUUCGCAGCAGAGCAGCUCUGCUGGGCUAUGUUAAGGCAUAGAUCAUCAGAUUUGCUGUGGAUGCCCCGUGCCUGUGUCUGUAACACCCUCACACUGUCUCGGGCAGCAGGAGCUGCAGCUGCCUGCAGCCUCCCCACAGACUGGGCUGCUCUGGGAGGGAGGAUCAUACAGAAAACAGCUCAGCAACCCUCCCAUGCUCCAGCACAGGAAAGUCUGGGCGUGAAAGUAAACGUGUUCUUUGCUGCUGUUAAGCCAGGAACGUUUAAUAGAGUGUUUGGGGCUGUCAAAGCAAAGCUCCUGGUGCGGGUUCAUGAGGUCCCAGCAAGGCAGUGCCUCAGCCUGUUGCUUUCUGCUUGUGCUGGAAGGUGCUACAUGAACGAGAGGCCUUUCCUGUGCCACCACAUCAGCAGGCAGACUCUUCCCACCCUGUAUGUCUAGGCUUGACUGCCAGCACUGGUAAGGUCUGUUGCACUGCUCCUAUAAAGGGGAAUAACCUUUUGGAGCAAAAGGAGUGGUAGCAUCGCUCUUCUGCUUGUCCCAUCAGCCCUGCUGCAGUUUGCAAGUAGAUGUUAAAUACUAAAAGCUUCUCUGGAUGACCAUGCCUGUCCAGGAUCACCUGCUCAAGGCCGUGGCUAACUAUGCACUGACUCCACCAAAACAGGAUCAUUUUAUCUCAGCAGAGAGGGGACUCCCCAGCCUUUGGGCACAGGAGACUGCAGCAAACAACAACAAAAAAAAAACCCAAUUUGCGUGCGUGUAAAAUGGAGAGUCUGUUUGAACUGGCCUGCUGCCAGGUGGGUCACACCGGUGUGACCAGGUAACCUGAACACGCCAGCAGCUGCCAGGGGUCUGGGGACACUGCGGGGACACAGGGACACACAGUGCCCUCCCCUCAGCCACAGCUUUCCAGCCCCUGUGGAAGUGUGGUUUGCCAGCAGCAGAACUUGUUGACAUGUUUUGAUGUAAUAUAACACUGUAUUGUAGUUACGUGGUAUAUGCCAGUAUGUUCAUAGUGUAUACCGACUAGUUAGGGUUUGCUAAUGUACUACAUUUCAAUAAAAAGCAGUUUAAAAAUA